AUCUAAUAUUUCUCGUGGACUUUAUUUACACCGGAAGCAGCCUGUAAUUUGUUGCCAGUGUGGCGAUCAUGUGACAGUCCGUGCGCUCUCCCUAGAGAGCACUUCCGGUAACGUUUCCUGUGUUUGUAAACUGUAAAAAUUGUCCGACAAGAAAACAUUGGGCUACUGUAAACCGAGAAGAGUAAGGCUUGGGCCCCUGAUGGUUGGGGCUUGUGUGGUCUCUAAACACUCUCCCUGCCCCGAGCGAAGCCCUCUGUACCCCAACAUACACACACACACACACACACACACACUCUCACCACUGCGAUGUCACACCUUUCCAACAGCUCAGUGCGAGAUCACAUGAAAUGGGCUGGGCUGCUCGGCUGUGAAGCGGUGCUGUCCAGCAUGGCACUUAUGCAGGCCAGCUCCAUGCCCAGCCAUAAGAAGAUGGGCUCUCAUCUGGGCCAGGGACAGAGAGAAAACAAUCACAGCCACAACCAGAACACACACAGCCAACACGGCCUCAUGGUGCUUCCCUCAGGAGUCAGCUGCCCACCACUGCUCAUCCGCAAGGAUGGAGAGUUUCACUCGUCCAGGCUCUUGGAUGAAAAAGACAUUCAAGUCAGCCAGAACGUGCAGCCAAAGAAGAAGAACAGGAAGUCUGGACUUCCCACCAAAAUGAGAGAAAAACCCCAGGUGGAGAUUCCUGACGUUAAUGACGAUAACUCACUCAGCUCUCAAGUGCAGAAGAAUUUCAUAUGUGAGCACUGCUACAGUGCUUUCCGCAGUAGCUACCACCUCAAACGGCACAUUCUCACCCAUACGGGGGAAAAGCCAUUCGGGUGUGAUAUGUGUGACAUGAGGUUUAUUCAACGCUACCACCUGGAAAGACAUAAGCGUGUUCACAGCGGUGAGAAGCCUUAUCAGUGUGACCGCUGCCAACAGAACUUUUCCAGAACUGACCGGUUACUACGGCAUCGACGUUUGUGUGCCGUGGGCGUCCCUAAAGAGGAGAACCAGCCGUGCUGUGAGGGACGGCCGUAUUCUCAAGAUCCCUCUCAGCACUCGGCGUCCUGGAGCCCACUGCAGACAAACAACAGCAGGCUGGCGGCGUGACAGCCUUCCGAUCACUCGUACGAACCACUUCCCAGGAAACGCAAUGGACUCGCCAACAUGACCUGACUGGGGGUCCGAGCCUGUAAACUGUUUAAAGACUCCAACGUGUCCAGCUCUGAUCCAUCCGGCUCAACCCCAGUGGACUCUUUUAUAUUGCUUAGACUCUGGGAAAUAGCGCAUUUUGUAUUUCAGAUGGUACUGUGAUCAGCAGGCGGGCUAGUUGUGCAUUCAGUACAGGCAAUAGUGAUUUCUGGUAGCUUAGAAACGCUUCUUUUUGUAGUUCCCAUGCAGGACUGUAGAUUGUUGAGAUUCUCAGUGUUACGGUGCGUUCACAUUUAAUUUUGCAAGUGAAAUCCAGUCAUUUCAAUAAGAAUCUGCACUAUGCCAUGCAGAUUUUGUUGAGUUGGUCAUACAAAUUCGUUGCAUAGACCAACAGAGAGCUACUUGGUUUUAAUGUGACUUGUACUACAUGCAUCACUACACUGUUUACAACAGACAGUGGAGCCUUUUUGCCCACAAAAUUUGUGACAGCAGACACAUUCUGAUAGAAUAAAUUUUUUCACUGUGCACAUUAAUAAAUCAUUUCCUGUUCUGUUUCCAGAUUUGAGGAAAUGUGGUAUUACAUCAUUUGCUCACCAAUGGAUCCUCUGCAGUGAAUAGGUGCUGUCAGAAUGAGAGUCCAAACUGCUGAUAAAAACAUCACAAUAAUCCACACCACUCCAGUCCAUCAUCUUUAGUCCAGUCCAUUAUUAAUACCCUUUUAAACUCCAAACCAUUGCCUCUGGCUAAAAUACUCUUAUAUCUAUUAUAUUGCUUUCUCAAGUGAAAAAGUUGUCUCAUCUGAAUCAGGAAAGAAAUAUGCACAGAUCAACAUUUACAAGUUGAAAACGGUCCAAAACAGUUCUGAACAAAUAUGUUGGUGGAGUUUGAUGUGAGAGGACAACAGGGAAUGUUUUUUUUUUUUUUUGAUCGGAGGAAGCGAUAUUAUGGAUUAUGAGCUAUUUUGGUUAAAAGCAACAUCUUAAGGUUAAAAAUGCUUUAAUUUAUUUGUUUCUCACAAACACACAGCUUUUCAGUUCACAAGACAUUAAAUGAUGAACUGGAGUGGUGUGGAUUACUUGUGGAUUAUUGUGAUGUUUUUGUUUGGACUCGUAGUCUGACGGCACCCAUUCACUGCAGAGCAUCCAUUGGUGAACAAGUGAUGUAUUGCUGAAUUUCUCCAAAUCUGUUCUUUGAUGAGUACAUUUGCAGCAAAUUUCCAUUUUGGGGUCAACUAUUCUUUUUAAUACUGUGAUAACAGCUCAUGGCCCUUGACAGUUUUACACAGGCUUUUACGGUUUUAGCAGAAACAUCUGGAACAUCAUCCAUCCUACAACCAACAGGAGAGCUCAUUUUUUUUGUGCGCUACAUUAUGGUGUCAAGCUUUUGAAGUUGGCCUUUCGGUCAACAUGAACACUUACGUUUCAUCGAGUAUUUGAGUAUGAAUGACAAAUUUCGUCACAGUAUGAUGUGACUCAUGGAGUAAGUCUGCUAGCAUCUCACUUCCUCUUCUGAAGUCACUGGAUUGACAAAGCCAAGCCAAGAAUAACAAAGAAAACCUUUUAACAGGUUGUACAGUUCAUAGAAAGACAGAUGUUAUAUAAAACCACUAGUUUUUCGCAGAGGUCUUAUGUUUCUUAUCGCGUAGACCUCGGCCCUCAAACACAGACUUCUGACACAUUCAAGCUUGAGUUAAUAUAUUUCUUCAGCAUUUUAAAUAAUUUAAAUAGAAACUGUAGAAGGAUUAGACUGCUGCCACUGUCUGACGUAGCAGAUUCACUGUAUUUUUUUGCGUGUACAUUUGCAUGUUCCUUCCGUUAUGCAUAUACAGUAAAAGGACUUGUGUUGUGAAUGUUGAAAACAUUGAGAAACGCUUUGAUCCAUUUGUUGUUGUUUUUUAUCGCUCUCAAACAUGAACUACAGGUCAACUUUAUUCUAUCCUGUUAGACACCGUUUAGUGAGUCCUAGGACCUCGAGCUGACAAUAAAUUUUCUUUUCUAAAAAAAAAAAAA